GUGUCCUCUCGCAGCCAGCCUUCCUCUCAGUCCAGUACGGUGGCCGACCGGAGCCAGACGCUGGGGAUGAAUGAAGGAUCAACAGUGAUAAUGACCGAGUGUACAAGCCUUCAGUUUGUCAGUCCUUUUGCUUUUGAGGCAAUGCAGAAGGUGGAUGUUGUUCGUUUGGCAUCUUUAAGUGAUCCAGAAUUGAGACUUCUCCUGCCCUGCUUGGUGCGGAUGGCACUUUGUGCACCUGCUGACCAGAGCCAGAGCUGGGCCCAGGAUAAAAAACUUAUCCUUCGUCUUCUCUCUGGAGUGGAAGCUGUCAAUUCUAUUGUUGCAUUGCUGUCUGUGGACUUUCAUGCUUUAGAACAGGAUGCCAGCAAAGAGCAACAGCUUAGGCAUAAACUUGGAGGAGGCAGUGGAGAGAGCAUCCUGGUCUCACAGCUUCAGCAUGGACUGACUUUAGAGUUUGAACACAGCGAUUCACCUCGUCGACUGCGUCUUGUGCUUAGUGAACUGUUGGCAAUUAUGAACAAGGUAUCUGAGUCCAGUGGAGAAUUUUUUUUUAAAUCAUCUGAGCUAUUUGAGAGUCCAGUCUACUUGGAGGAAGCUGCAGAUGUACUUUGUAUUUUACAAGCAGAGCUCCCUUCCCUGCUUCCCAUAGUUGAUGUAGCUGAAGCCUUGCUCCAUGUUAGAAACGGCGCCUGGUUCUUGUGUCUGUUGGUGGCCAAUGUUCCUGAUAGUUUUAAUGAAGUUUGUAGGGGCCUGAUCAAAAAUGGAGAACGACAAGAUGAAGAGAGUCUUGGAGGAAGGCGGAGGACGGAUGCUUUACGCUUCUUAUGUAAAAUGAAUCCUUCUCAGGCCCUGAAGGUCCGAGGCAUGGUGGUGGAAGAAUGUCACUUGCCAGGUCUUGGAGUGGCUUUGACAUUGGAUCAUACUAAAAAUGAAGCCAGUGAAGAUGGAGUGAGUGACUUGGUUUGUUUUGUUAGUGGUUUGCUUCUUGGAACAAAUGCAAAAGUCCGGACCUGGUUUGGAACUUUUAUCCGAAAUGGACAGCAGAGAAAAAGAGAGACCAGUAGUUCUGUCCUUUGGCAAAUGAGAAGGCAGCUUCUUCUGGAGUUGAUGGGCAUUCUUCCCACAGUAAGAAGUACCCGCAUUGUGGAAGAAGCUGAUGUGGAGAUGGAGCCCAAUGUGUCUGUGUAUUCGGGGCUGAAAGAAGAGCAUGUUGUGAAAGCCAGUGCACUCUUACGUCUGUACUGUGCUUUGAUGGGGAUCGCUGGACUCAAACCAACUGAGGAAGAAGCUGAGCAAUUACUGCAGUUGAUGACAAGCCGUCCUCCUGCGACACCAGCUGGGGUUCGCUUUGUUUCACUCUCCUUUUGUAUGCUGCUGGCCUUUUCUACCCUUGUCAGUACUCCUGAACAGGAGCAGCUGAUGGUAGUGUGGCUAAGCUGGAUGAUCAAAGAAGAAGCUUACUUUGAAAGUACUUCAGGCGUCUCUGCUUCUUUUGGGGAGAUGUUAUUAUUGGUCGCUAUGUACUUUCAUAGCAACCAGCUCAGUGCUAUCAUUGAUUUGGUCUGUUCCACUUUGGGAAUGAAGAUUGUAAUUAAGCCAAGCUCCUUGAGCAGGAUGAAGACUGUCUUCACACAGGAAAUUUUUACUGAGCAGGUUGUCACAGCUCAUGCAGUUCGAGUCCCUGUCACCAGCAACCUGAGUGCCAACAUUACUGGAUUUUUGCCUAUUCAUUGCAUUUACCAGCUUCUGAGGAGUCGUUCCUUCACCAAACACAAAGUAUCAAUAAAAGACUGGAUUUAUAGACAGCUCUGUGAAACCUCCAUUCCACUCCAUCCUCAAUUACUUCCUCUGAUUGACGUGUACAUAAAUUCUAUACUUACUCCUGCAUCUAAAUCUAAUCCAGAAGCCACAAAUCAGCCGGUCACAGAACAGGAGAUACUCAAUAUUUUUCAAGGAGUCAUUGGGGGUGACAACAUCCGCCUUAAUCAGCGUUUCAGUAUCACAGCACAGCUCUUGGUGCUUUAUUAUAUUCUGUCUUAUGAAGAAGCUCUCCUAGCAAACACCAAGACUUUAGCUGCCAUGCAAAGAAAACCCAAAUCAUAUUCAUCUUCUUUAAUGGAUCAAAUUCCUAUCAAAUUCCUUAUUCGACAGGCUCAAGGACUUCAGCAGGAGUUGGGAGGUAUUUGUUUUGUUUGCUUUUUACUGGUAAUGUUUAUUGGUAAAAAAUACCUAC